AUUGCGCCCGAAGUGGAGCUGGACUUCUCGGCCCAGGUUGGGACUCAAGUUUACGCAUCUUCUCGUACUCCUCAGAACACAAAUUGCCAGGCCGUCGUCAUGUCGACUGGACCCCAAUGUGCCUGUGUGGCAAAAACGUUAGCCGGACGAGUGAUGCCCACCGUCUGGCGCCAUGACCAUCACGUGCUGCAUUCAAGCAUGUGGAGCCCAGCCAGGCCAGUCGGCCUGGGCACAUGCAAUACGUGUGAGCCGGCAUACAUGCAAAUAUUGCGGAGGGUGCUAAGCCUGCCUGAAUGGUCAGUCGUGACGACACGUGAGGCGGCCGGCCGCCGGAUGACGAGAGCUUGGGGCCUGACAGACUGA